GCGCUGAAACUGAUCCACAUAGAUCUGUAGCAGUGUGUCACAGUGUCACUGUUUUACCGGGGGAAGGGAUACACUCGCGUUGCACAUUUUUGGCGUAUUACAGCCACCGGCAAUGAUAUGCAACAUUUCUAACUGAAAGACGGAAUAACAGCAAAAAUGACGGUGGAUUUUGAGGAAUGUAUUAAAGAUUCACCCCGAUUCAGGGCGAAUAUCGAUGAAGUUGAGACUGAUGUUGUGGAAAUAGAAGCCAAGCUGGACAAGCUGGUGAAGCUCUGCAGUGGGAUGAUCGAAGCGGGUCGUGCGUACAUUGGUGCCAAUAAACUCUUCGUCAACGGCAUUCGAGACCUGUCUCACCACUGCAAAAAGGAAGAGAUGAUCUCGGAAUGUCUUGAAAAGUGUGGCGAGAGCCUUCAGGAAAUCGUUAACUAUCACAUGAUCCUCUUCGACCAGGCCCAGAGAUCCGUAAAGCAACAGUUGCAUAAUUUUGUGAAGGAGGAUGUUCGGAAGUUUAAAGAGACGAAGAAGCAGUUCGAUAAAGUGCGGGAGGAUAUGGAGAUCGCCCAGGUGAAGAACGCGCAGGCGCCGCGCAACAAACCGCACGAGGUAGAGGAGGCCACCAGCACCCUCAUCACCACCCGGAAGUGCUUCCGACACCUCGCCCUGGACUACGUCUUACAGAUCAAUGUACUUCAGGCCAAAAAGAAAUUUGAAAUUUUGGAUUCGAUGCUGUCGUUCAUGCAGGCUCAGUACAGUCUCUUCAACCAGGGCUUCCACCUCUUAGAUGAGAUCAACCCCUACAUGAAGAAGCUGGCGGCCGAGUUGGAUCAGCUGGUCAUAGACUCGGCCAUGGAGAAGAGAGAGAUGGAGCACAAACACGCCACCAUACAGCAGCGAACUUUGAUGCAGGAUUUUGCAUACGAUGACUCCAAAGUGGAAUUCAACGUUGAUGCUCCUAAUGGUGUGGUGAUGGAGGGCUACCUUUUCAAGAGGGCAAGCAAUGCUUUCAAGACAUGGAACAGGCGAUGGUUUUCAAUACAGAACAGUCAAUUAGUGUAUCAGAAACGACUAAAGGAUGCUUUGACUGUGGUUGUUGAAGACCUGCGGCUUUGCUCUGUGAAACCAUGCGAGGACAUUGAGAGAAGGUUCUGUUUUGAAGUGGUGUCACCUACAAAGAGCUGCAUGCUGCAGGCUGAAUCUGAGAAGCUCCGUCAAGCCUGGAUUCAAGCAGUUCAGGCGAGCAUUGCUUCUGCCUACAGGGAAAUUUCUGAGAACUAUUACAUUGAGCGUUUGGACAGGACAGCGUCUCCCUCCACAAGCAGUAUUGACUCUGCCAGCGAGCCUCGGGAGCGUAUAGUCAAGGGAGACAGUAUCCUCCAGCGGGUCCAGUCCCUGCCAGGGAACGAGAUCUGCUGCGACUGUGGCCAGGCCGACCCUCGCUGGGCCAGCAUCAACCUCGGCAUCCUGCUCUGCAUCGAGUGCUCUGGCAUUCACAGGAGCCUGGGCGUCCAUUGCUCUAAAGUUCGCUCUUUAACGCUCGACACAUGGGAGCCAGAGCUUAUGAAGUUAAUGUGUGAGCUUGGCAACACUGUCAUCAACCAGAUUUAUGAAGGUGCGUGUGAGGAACAGAGACUUAAGAAACCUGGUCCCAGCAGCUCAAGGCAGGAGAAAGAAUCGUGGAUCAAAGCGAAAUAUGUGGAGAGGAAGUUUCUGAAGAAGAUGUGUGGCUCCGAGGGUCUGGUGGAGGGGAGCAGAAAAUCACAUCACUGGAGCGUGAAGAAGUGCAGGAGACACAACAGCUCCAUCAGAGCCCCUAAAACCCGCAGGAAAUACAGGCACGACGCCGGCAUCAUGUCGCCAGCCAAUCUCUCCGCUGGUACUUGCUUCUGCAAAGUUCGGAGAGAAUCUUUGUUUUGUCCCGACGAACUUGAUUCGCUCUUCUCUUACUUCGACACUGGCUCAGGGCCUCGCAGUCUAAGCAGUGACAGCGGUCUCGGCGGCAGUACUGACGGCAGCACGGACAUACUCGUUUUCGGCUCAGUGGUGGACAGCGUCACUGAGGAAGGGUGUGAGGACUCGGAUGAGUCCAGCGGGGAGGUGGAUAUCGAGCAAGAAGCGUCGGAUCCAGAGGACGGCCGGGAGCUUGACCCAAAUGCGCUGCUUCAUAAGGCAUCACGGGCCAGGAACAUACCGGUCAUGGCGGAGGCGCUCGCGCACGGUGCAGAUGUUAACUCCGUCAGUGAGGAGGACCAAAGCAAGAGUCCGUUAAUACAAGCUGUCGCAGGGGGCUCUCUGAUAGCCUGUGAGUUCCUGCUGCAGAAUGGAGCAGAUGUCAAUCAGAGGGACAUACGAGGACGGGCACCUCUGCACCAUGCCACGUGUCUGGGUCACACGGGACAGGUGUGUUUGUUCCUGAAGCGAGGAGCCUCUCAGGCGGAGGUCGACGAGGACGGGCAGGACCCUCUCAAUAUCGCCGUUCAGGCAGCCAACGCAGACAUCGUCACACUAUUGCGGUUAGCCCGGAUGAACGAGGAAAUGCGAGAAGCGGACGGACCCUUCGGACAACCAGGUCAAUACCCCAGCAGCAGCCCCACAGAGCAGCAGUAUAGAAAGUGUAUUCAGGAGUUUAUCUGCCUCACCAUUGACGAAUGCUAGGGGGCGCUCUUGAGCGGUGACUGUGAGGAGAACUACCUACUAAGUUUGUAGCCCUUAACAGGAAUAGCUUUAGCAAGGAUCGAGUGCUCUCUUCGACCCCCUUCCCCACCUGACCGAUUAGUUUACACGUUGUGUUCGUAUGUAUGUGGUUAACACAAAAUAUUGAAACGGAAUGGCUAUUUACGGUACGCGACGGCUAGGGCGCCGCUGUUUUGAAUUGUGUAUCGUUCAAAUGUGACGUCAAAUGCAACCGAUUAGCGGCCUGAUCUAAUUAGUUUCAACGAAUUUGAAUUCGUUAGCAAUUCAAAACAGCAUUUCCGAGUGGUUAUCGAGUCAUCAUGUGCAAAAUGACUGUUCGCACUUUUCCUACCGACAGUAUUUUUUUUUACGACUGAGUUCUUUUCUUUUUUAUGUGUUAUUUUGCCUCAUGUAAAUGUUGUUUAUUGUGCUUUUUAAUUUAUGUUCCGUCCUGAGGAUUAGUGCAAUGAUAACUGGAAUACGGAAAUCUGUAUCCAUGUAAAUUUUCUCGUUCGGUAAAGAAAAACAAGGCCUUUACGUUUAGCUAACUAGACUUUUUUUUUCUUUCACAUUUCAAAAACACAUCGGACUACCCUCAUGUGAUAAUGAAACGGGUGUUUUGACCCCUUUAAAGUUUUAAAGAGAUGUCAGCUAUUCAAAAUUAUUUAUAGAACUUAUAGCAACCGUCUGUUUUAUAUAUUUGUACUUGUAUUGCCAAACUCCCAAAUGACUGUCAUGUAAUUUUUAAAGAGAAAUGCUUGUCUAGAGCAGUCUGUCUGUAGAAGCAUGCGUUUACUCGCUGGCACACCAAGGCAAAGUGCCCGUCUGCGUUAGCAAGCAUGCUUCCUUAUUUUAGCCACCUGAUUCCAUCAUGUAAAAAUGCAUGACCGCAGAAGACAUCUGCUCUGUGUUGUCAAUUUCUUUUGCCCACGUUUGGUUCAGAUGAUCCCAGAUCGAAGAGUAAGCCUUCAGAAUCCUGUCUCCCUUUCUAAUCCCUGAAAAAUUUGGCAUACCUACUUCCAUACUUUAUAGUAUGUGAGCUAAAUGGUAUGUCCAAAUUCAUCGUACUUCUAAAACAGUACCCAGAUGACGUCCUAGUAACUGAAGUGCGCAUCUGAUGGACGCUUUACUAUCCCAUGAGGCCAUGGGAGAGGAUGACGGUGAAGCGAUGCAACUGACAUCCUAAGAAAAACUCUUUCAGGUGCAGGACUUUACUUCAGCAGUUAGCUCUAUGCUAAGUUAGCAGGCUAAGCUGUUAGCAUGCUAACUAAAGGCUAACAGAGAAAGGGAAUUAAUAUGACAGUUUUUAACUUCAGUAAUGAAAUAUGCAAAAUUAAAGGAUGUUAAUUAACCUUUUAAUGAUUAAGACGGUAAAUGAUUUUUAAACAGGCAAUGAAUUAUAGUAAAAGGAAUAACUUUAUGGAGUAAGGGGGAUAGGAUUCUGUGACACAUCGGCAUUUGUGGGUGGAUUUAUGCAAGUAAAAUGUAAAAAAAAACAAUACAAAUAAUGAUAUCGGCAAAUUCAGACGAUACGCUCUCCCAGUCUGUAAUUGGUGAACAAACAAAUAGACCCGCCCCCAAAGUCACGCCAUUGGUUGAGCCACUGUUACUACGUAAGGCUGGUCACAUGGAGUGUUGCCAAGUCCGUGGUUUUCCUCUUUCAGUUUUUUUUUGUUGAGAAAACCUGGCAACCCUCACCGGAUGCUCAAACAGAGCAUUGUUUUGAUAAACCGACAGUGUGUUCGUCCCUUUCGGGGGAAUCAAACUAAAAAAAUAUCGGUUUCUUAAUAUUAAAGUGACAGAGAAAAAUGCUGAAAACUAAAUUAUACGCUUCACGCCUUUCAGUGCAAACGUUCAUCUCGACGCAAAUGUGCUUGGACAUGUAAUGGUGCCUGUUGAUUUACAGAAACAUUCGGUUAGCUGAAAUAUCGUUUUUAAUAUCUGAAAAUAGAGACCGUGUAUAGAAUAGAUACUUGCCAUCAAGGGACCGGUUGAUGUGUCUGGAUGUGUUUUAAACCAAGUUGAACUGAAAAAUGCUUCUUAACUACUGUGCUGUGAAUAUGCUUUGACCUUUGAACUGUUCUCGACUGCUUGCUCUCUCGCUGUGGUUCUUGCGUUCGGACCUUUAACUCGUUUUCUCUCGCGACAUUCGGUACAAUCUGUUUUCACACUGUUAGACGACAUUCUGUGUUUGGAGACAUUCUCGUAUUGUUUGUACGAUUGUUUGUUAUUGUUUGUACGACAGAAAUCUACAAAAAGAAGCUUGUCUUUUGAAACACUGACAAACAAUAAAACAGACAAAGUCUUGA